CAGACAUGGCGUCUAGCGACGAACAGCUAGGUCGCUGCGAAACUCCUGGAGCCCCAGGAACUACUUUUUCAAAGAGAAUCAAGGAGCGGAAACACUACACUGAUGAGCUCGGAGAUGAGUUCCUGGAAGGUGGACGCACGUUCACGAUCGAGGACAAACUCACGUCAACCGAAUUCCAACCGGCCUUCGUCCGGGAGAUGCCAUCGGGUGCCGAUUUCUCUCUCAAACACUUCCAGGAAUUCGGCUUCGAGGAACCAUUGCUAUUCAGGGAUAAAAGCAAUCUGGGCAUGCGGUUGCCAUCGGAGAAGUUCAAUGUCAACGAUGUUCGCAUGUGCGUGGGAUCUCGACGUCGACUGGACGUCAUGGACGUUAUUACGCAGAAAAACACCGAGAUGACCAUGAAGGAAUGGUGUAAAUACAUGAACACACCAGCGUCGAAACGCGAACGACUCCUGAACGUCAUAUCGCUCGAGUUCUCCCACACGAAACUCGAAAACUAUGUUGAGAGCCCAACGGUGGUUCGUCAAGUCGACUGGAUCGACGUCGCCUGGCCCAGACAUCUGAAGGAAUCGCAGACAGAGGCGACGAACUCUCUGGACGAUAUGAAAUAUCCCAAAGUUCAGAAAUACUGCUUGAUGUCUGUAGCGGGCUGCUACACAGAUUUUCAUAUCGACUUUGGUGGCACCUCGGUUUGGUAUCAUAUUCUCUGGGGAAAGAAGAUAUUUUGGCUGAUUCCUCCGACAGAAACGAACCUCAAACUCUAUGAAAGUUGGGUACUUUCUGGAAAACAAGGCGAUAUCUUCUUUGGACAGUCGGUAGAAAAAUGUGCCAGAAUUGAACUCCAAGCCGGAGAGACAUUCUUCAUUCCUAGCGGCUGGAUCCACGCUGUGUACACCCCGAUAGAUACCUUGGUUUUCGGAGGGAAUUUCCUCCACAGUUUCGGCAUCAAGAUGCAACUCCGAAUUGCACAGAUUGAGGACACAACGAAAGUGCCCCAUAAAUUCCGCUAUCCAUUCUACACCGAGAUGAUGUGGUAUGUACUACAGAGAUACGUCAUGUGUGUGACUGGACGUAACCAUCUAUCGUGCGAUGAAGAAGGAAAACCAGUCUCGAUCAACUGCCUCCUGGCGCCAAAGGUGAAGCCGGAGAUGGAAUCCAUCCGUUUGACGCAGAGAGAACUGCAUGGCUUGUCACUCAUCAUUGAUCAUCUGCAACGACUCCCACCGUCGAAGAAGAGCUGUCCGGAUCUAUUACGGGACGCAACGGCUCUCCUCCAAGAUGCCGCUCAUGUUGUCGCGCUCCAUGCCAAUGACGAUGAAGAUUUGGCGAUCACUGGUCAUCCCAUCCUAACUUGGCCGGAAGGCGCCGUUAAGCGUCGCCCUCUCAUUCUACAAAAUGGUGGUGGUCCGAAGAGACCCUUAGCUGCUCCGAGAGCCCCGAAAGGGCAACAGCGUCACGAAAAAGACCAGGACAAGGCUCGAAGACGGCGAACAAGAUGCCGUAAAUGCGACGCGUGUCUGAGAACCGAUUGCGGUGACUGCCAUUUCUGUAAAGACAUGCGGAAAUUCGGAGGUCCGGGUCGUAUGAAGCAGUCUUGCUUGGCGAGACAGUGCAUGGCCCCGGUUCUCCCGCAUACUGCACAAUGCAUAAUUUGUAAAACCGAGAGACCGAACCAGCUGGCUCCUCCCGGGGUUCCUCCGCCGGACGAUGGCGUGAUCCCCACAGAACAAUUGAUGGAAUGCGUUCAAUGUUGGGAAAUCGUUCAUCCCGACUGUUUUGUCAUCGCACACCCAGAGUUCAAGGUAAACGACGGCUUGCUCAACGAAGACCUUCCGAAUAGCUGGGACUGUCCGAAAUGUUGUAAAGAGGGUAAACCAGAACAAGCCAAGACCCGUCACACGAAAGGCGGAGGUGGUAAGGGACAUCCGCGAGUGACACCCUUCGUACAAGGAUAUCCCGAUGACAGUCCACCAGAGAAGAAAAUCAAAUCCGAGGACGAGAAUCGGUCUCUCCAGCAUUCGUCACUGCAGGCCCAACGCCAGGGCGUUCUCGAGAACCUCAGCAAUAAAAUGAUCGCUGUACAACCAAAGUGCGUCGUGCGUCCCGCGCCUUGUCUGGAGCCCCCGGCGUCGAACUGUGAGGGUUUCGUGAACAAUUCCCAAAUCAUGCUUUUAGUGAUGCAGUACCUCAAUGUCAAAGAUCUCCAAAACUGUUCCCUCGUGUGCAAACGUUGGAACGAAUUCGCGACCCACGCGAGCUUGUGGAAGCACAUGGAUGUUUCUAAGACUCGUCUCAGCAGCAAAUCCCUCGUGGGUAUUGUGAGGCGACAGCCUCUGUACCUCAACGUAUCCUGGACCUCAAUGAGCCAAGAACAACUUUUGUGGUUACUACCGAGAAUUCCAUCCCUCAAAGGUCUGAUUCUCCGCGGGCUGUCCGUCCAUUCCCUCAAGGCGUUGAAUGCUGACCAGGGUCCCCAGCUGCGUUUUCUCGACCUGUCCUGGGUAGACGGGCUCGAUGAUGAGAGACUUAAGGACCUCCUCUGUCCUGACACAAGCGAUGCUAGAUGGUCAAAACAGAUGCGAGCCGUCAGCGAACUGAAACUUUGCGGAAAUAGCCUCACUGACAGUGGAAUUCGGAGUCUUUGCCAGCACAUGCCAAAUUUGCAACAACUCGACCUCUCCAACUGUAAUCGAGUUACGGACCUCUCUUUGAUGAUGCUUGCGUCGAAGCUGCAUUCGAAGCUCAGCCGUCUCGUCAUAUCGCAUUGCCCACAGGUGAGCGAUGCAGGACUCGAGGCUCUGAAAAUAUGCUCGAAGCUCGAGUGCUUGGACGCGCGAGGCUGCACCAAGGUCACUGAAGACGGUAUAAAGAGACUCCUCGUGUGUAUGUCGACUCUGAACGCCAUCCGGGAAGGGAAAUUGAUCACAGCUAAAUAGCCCAAUCGUUUGGAUUCGAGCCAGAGUUCGAAGCAUCGAUUCAAGAGCGACAACCAUAU